AUUCGACUCAUUCUGUCUCGUUGCCCUUGCUUUUCUCACUGCUCUAUCGGCUCUUGUUCUUUUUUCUUUCUUUACAUACCUACCAUGUUAGCAGAAAACUCCAUUUUUCAAAUCCUGAACCUUUUGCAGGGCCCCGCUAUGAGUGCCCUCUGCAGGAAAGGAAAGGAGAAUUUCGACAAGAUCAUCAGGGUGAAAAAGCUUGUUGAGGGUAAGUACACGACGGAGUAUUUUGUCAGUGAUUGUAUUAAGUUGCUGGGUGAGCUGGAGAGGAACGGGGAUGUUCGUAGUAGCUUCGCAACAGUGAAAAAGUUGAAGGAGUGUGCUCAGGAGUUUGAUCGCAAGAUGCAAGAGAUUAGGGAAAACUAUGGGAAAUGUCGGGGCAUUCAUUGGUUGGUAAGGGUGUAUUCGGAUGGUGGCGAGUUGAAAAAGUUGGAAAGGGAGUUUUGGGAUCUUGUGGAUGGCACCAAGGGGGUGCUGGAUUUGUGGAAGUUGUUGUAGGUUGGAAACUUCGUUUCACAGUUGUCUUGGUGGUGUGGUAUUUUCGGAGAGAAGGAUAUGCUGAGAUGGGAUGGGAUGGGAUAGGAUGGGAUAGGAUGAAUGAUGGAUGGAUGGAUAUGGACUACGUGAAAUGGGCGGCAUGGGUGUGGAUUG